UAUAGUUGUUUUUUAGCUCGCUGUCACACUUCAUUUUUAGCUCGCUGUCAUUUGGUCAUUCCAGGGAUUAUUUUGCUGAGUUCAUCCACGUCCAGUAGGAAUAAAUUAGUAAAAUUAGGAGUAAAAACAGGAGAAGGUGAAGGAAGGAGCUUAUCUGGAAACAGAUCUAGAUAGUGUCAGUCUGCGUUCAAGGGUCAGAUGGAAUGUUUCCUUCAGGACACAAAGGUUGGUUCAUUUUACACUCCCAUCCCAGCUGUUCAGUUGCUGUGAGCGACUGUAAAGGGUUUAAUCAGGGCAGGAAACGGGUCUGUCCCGGGUCUCAAACGGAUUCUGUCCACCAACUGAAGGACAGUUUCCUGGUGCAGUGCUGCCAAACAUCCCGCAGAGGGCAGUACUGGUAGACUGGUUUUGAUGAAGACAGAAAGUGUGUGAAUGCAGCAGCAUGGACCAGUGUGAGGACAAGAGAGUUCCUCUGCUCCGGGAACAGAAGAGACGACGAGAAGCUCAGAGAGCAGAACUCCGGCCUACAGAAGGUUCUUCUGGACCUGGACCUGAAUCCAGCAGAGAGUCCUGCUGUUCCAUCUCAGCAAGCAGUCCCAUCUCAGCAUGUGUGUCCUGGUGCUGCACUCUCUGCUGCGAGAGACCCAACUCUCCAGAAUCUGAACGUGUGCCCAGAUAUGAACCUGUAUCUGCACCAGGACCAGGACUGGAACUGGGAGCUGAACCUGAACGAAGACCUGAUCCUGAAGAAAGACCUGGAACUAAACCUGCACCAGGAUCCAACCUGAGCAUUCAGCCUCAAACACGUGACAAUGUGACGUCUGAUUACCAGAAUGACUUCAGGAAAGUGAUGACCACAGGGAUUGACAAAGAUAUUGAGGUAAAGAGGUGGUUGAAGGGCACUUUGGAGAAUUUGGACUCCAGGAGGCUGAAGGAAUUCCAGUGGUACCUGGUGAAUGCAGAUCCAUCAAAGGAUGGUUUCAAACCGAUCCCACUGAGUCGUCUGGAGCAUGCGGACAGAUUGGACACAGUAGAUCUGAUGAUGCAGAGAUUCUCCUCAAAGACCAGAGAGGUGGCUGAGACGGUUUUAAAAACUUUAAAGAGUGAUAAAGCAGAAAAAUCCUUUCCGGAACUUGUUUUCCAGGAUGAUCCAGUCUUUCCAGCUGGUGCAACAGAGAGACAUUUUGCCAGGAUGAUGAGUGACUUUGUUAAGAAAGUGUCUAAACAAACCCUGACAGAGCUCAUGGAGGCCCUCGUAACUGAUGGUGUCUUUGAUGACCGGGACAAGAAGUCGAUACUGGAGGAGAACCACACCAGAGUAAAUAAGGCCAGCUGCUUUGUCAUCUUUGUGAUGGAAAAGGGAAAGGAAGUCUGGAAUAAGAUGAUCAAUCUUCUUCAAACCAUAAAUCCUUUACUUUGCUUUGAGCUGGAUGCGUCCCCAAGUCCAUCUGCCGAAAAAGCAGAUGCCGGUCUGCAGGAGGUCCUAGAUGAACACAAGACCAGUCUGAGGAGCACAUGUGAACAUGUGAGUGAAGGAAUUGAUGAAACAGGAAGUAGAACCCUCCUCAAGAGGAUCUACACGGAGCUUUUCAUCACAGAGAGACGGAGUGAAGAGGUUGAUACCCAACAUGAGGUGAGGCAGCUGGAGACAGCUUCCAGGAUUAAGAGCCUCCAUGACGCUCCAAUCAGGUGCCAGGACAUCUUUAAAGCCUUACCUGACCAACGUGGAGCCAUCAGAGUGGUUCUGACGAACGGCGUCGCUGGCGCUGGGAAAACCUUCUCGGUUCAGAAGUUCUCUCUGGACUGGGUCGAGGGCUCGGAGAACCAAGACGUCACCAUGGUGAUUCUGCUCUCGUUCAGGGAGCUGCACCUGAUCAGACAUGAGCAGCUCAGUCUUCUCAGGCUGAUCCAGGUUUUCCAUCCAUCGUUACAGAAGCUCACAGCAGAGCAGCUGGCUGCCGGGAAACCGUUGUUCAUCUUUGACGGCCUGGAUGAAAGCAGACGUUCCCUGGACUUCAACAACGGUCCGGUCGUGUCUGACGUCACACAGAGCUCAUCGGUCAACGUGCUGCUGACCAACCUCAUCCAGGGGAACCUGCUUCCCUCAGCUCUCAUCUGGAUCACUUCCAGACCUGCAGCAGCCAAUCAGAUCCCUCACAAACACGUGGACAGGGUGACAGAAGUACGAGGCUUCACCGACGGCCAGAAGGAGGAAUACUUCAGGAGGAGGUUCAGGGAUGAAGAGCGGUCCAGCAGCAUCGUCUCCCACAUGAAGACAUCCAGAACCCUCCACAUCAUGUGUCAACUCCCGGUCUUCUGCUGGAUCACUGCUACAGUUCUGGACCACAUGUUGACCACAGAGCAGAGAGGAGAGCUGCCCAAGACCCUGACUGACAUGUUCUCCCACUUCCUGCUGGUCCAGACCAAGAGGAAGAAGAACAAGUACCAGGAGGGACGUGAGACGAGUCCACAGGAGCUGACGGAGGCUGACAGGGACCUUCUCCUGAAGCUGGGGAGGCUGGCGUUUGAACAUCUGGAGAAAGAAAACAUCAUGUUCUACCAAGAAGACCUGGAGCAGUGUGGUCUUGAUGUCCCAGAGGCCUCGGUGUACUCAGGAGUUUGUACCCAGAUCUUCAGGAGAGAGUGUGAGGACUUCCAGAAACCCGUCUACUGCUUUGUUCAUCAGAGCAUCCAGGAGUUCCUGGCUGCAGUCUACGUGCUCCACUGUUGGUCCACCAGGAACACAUGUGUGCUGGAGAACUUCCUGGGAGAUGACUACAUAUACUCAUCUCUGGAUGACUUCCUGAAGAGAGUCAUGCAUAAAUCCCUGAAGAGUAAAAAUGGCCACCUGGACCUGUUUGUCCGCUUCCUUCAUGGUCUUUCUGUGGAGUCCAACCAGAGACUGUUAGGAGUUCUGCUGAACCAGACGGAGAGCGAUCCAGGAACCAUCCAGAGAGUCAUCAACAACCUGAAGGAGAUGAACACUGACAGAAUCUCUCCUGACAGAAGCAUCAACAUCUUCCAGUGUCUGAUGGAGAUGAACGACCUCUCAGUUCAUCAGCAGAUCCAAGAGUUCCUGAAGUCAGAGAACAGAUCAGAGCAGGAACUCUCUGAGAUCCAGUGUUCAGGUCUGGCCUCCAUGCAGCAGAUGUCGGAGGAGGUUCUGGAUGAGUUGGACCUGGAAGAGUACAAGACAACACCAGAGGGUCGACGGAGACUCAUUCCAGCUGUGAGGAACUGCAGAAAGGCUCGAUUUGUUCAUUGUGGACUCUCAGAGACUCACUGUGAAAUUGUUGCGUCCGCUCUGAAGUCCAACCCCUCCCAUCUGAGACAACUGGACCUGAGUUACAACGACCUGGAGGAUUCAGGAGUGAAGGUUCUGUCUGGUGGACUGGAGAGUCCAAACUGUAGACUGGAGACUCUGAGAUUGGUGGGCUGUGGUCUGUCAGAGAUCAGCUGUUCUUCUCUGGUCUCAGCUCUGAAGUCCAACCCCUCCCACCUGAAACAUCUGGACCUGAGUAACAACGACCUGCAGGAUUCAGGAGUGAAACAUCUGUGUGGUUUCCUGGAGAGUCCAGACUGUAGACUGGAGACUCUGAGAUUGGUGGGCUGUGGUCUGUCAGAGAUCAGCUGUUCUUCUCUGGGCUCAGCUCUGAAGUCCAACCCCUCCCACCUGAAACAUCUGGACCUGAGUAACAACGACCUGCAGGAUUCAGGAGUGAAACAUCUGUGUGGUUUCCUGGAGAGUCCAGACUGUAGACUGGAGACUCUGAGGUUGUGGGGCUGCGGUCUGUCAGAGAUCAGCUGUUCUUCUCUGGUCUCAGCUCUGAAGUCCAACCCCUCCCAUCUGAAACAUCUGAUCCUGAGUGUCAACGACCUGCAGGAUUCAGGAGUGGAACAUCUGUGUGGUUUCCUGGAGAGUCCAGACUGCAGACUGGAGACUCUGAGGUUGUGGAGGUGCGGUCUGUCAGAGAUCAGCUGUUCUUCUCUGGUCUCAGCUCUGAAGUCCAACCCCUCCCAUCUGAAACAUCUGAACCUGAGCUGGAACCAGAACCUGCAGGAUUCAGGAGUGAAACAUCUGUGUGGUUUCCUGGAGAGUCCAGACUGCAGACUGGAGACUCUGGAGUUGUGGAGGUGCGGUCUGUCAGAGAUCAGCUGUUCUUCUCUGGGCUCAGCUCUGAAGUCCAACCCCUCCCAUCUGAAACAUCUGGACCUGAGUGGGAACAACAAUCUGCAGGAUUCAGGAGUGAAACAUCUGUGUGGUUUCCUGGAGAGUCCAGACUGCAGACUGGAGACUCUGAGGUUGUGGGGCUGCAGUCUGUCAGAGAUCAGCUGUUCUUCUCUGGUCUCAGCUCUGAAGUCCAACCCCUCCCAUCUGAAACUUCUGGACCUGCAAGUGAACAAGCUGCAGGCUGCAGAUGUGGAGCAGCUGUCUGGUCUGGUGCAGAGUCCAGAUUACCAGCUGCAGACUCUCAGGUACUUUGUCUAAAGUCUGGAUGAGUUCUAGUACGGAGGUUCCUCCUACUAAUGUAGUGAUGGAUAAAUGUCUCUGCUGCCGCGGCGGAGCUGCUCAGCAAAGCAGCCGUCUCCUCCACGAGUCACAUGACUCCCCCGCUGUUUUCUUUUUAUUUACAUGUUUCUGUUUCAUUCCAAGUUUUCCUUUUGUUGUUGUUGUCGUGUUUUCAGCUUGGUCAGGUUUUUAAAGUUUCUCUCUGCGUCACUGAUGAAGAGAGAGACUGAAAAGAUAUGUGGAAAUAACAGGGUUUCUUCAUGAAACACGAAACACAAAUGAACUUGACUUGGUCAAUGAAUCUUCCUCAGUUUGUUCCAGUAAAUAUUGUAAAUGUUUUCUGGAUAUUACGAUGAUUGUUAACACUUCAAAAAUGUGAAAAUUCUUUAAUAA